AAAGAGCGUGGUCUAAACUGGUAUUUCGAUGAUCACAGAGUCACAACCAAAAACCCUAGCUCACCCUUCUAUAUAGAUGGCAAAAGCCCCAAGUUAAUCCGUUCGUUUCCCUUCCCUCCGCGGAGAUGUCGAAGCGAGGACGUGGAGGAUCUGCUGGUAACAAGUUCAGGAUGUCACUGGGUCUGCCGGUGGCAGCCACAGUGAACUGCGCCGAUAACACCGGUGCAAAGAACCUUUAUAUCAUAUCCGUGAAGGGGAUCAAGGGUCGUCUCAACAGGUUGCCAUCUGCUUGUGUUGGGGAUAUGGUGAUGGCCACUGUCAAGAAGGGGAAGCCUGAUCUCAGGAAGAAGGUUAUGCCUGCCGUCAUUGUCAGGCAGCGGAAGCCCUGGCGUAGAAAGGAUGGUGUCUUCAUGUACUUUGAAGAUAAUGCUGGUGUUAUUGUGAACCCAAAGGGAGAAAUGAAAGGUUCUGCUAUUACUGGUCCAAUUGGGAAGGAAUGUGCUGAUCUCUGGCCUAGGAUUGCAAGCGCGGCCAAUGCUAUCGUCUAAGAGUGUUUCUUGCAUUAUUGCUAUGCCGCAAAGCCCCCUUGUUUCACUGUUUUUGCCAUAAUCAGAAAUUCUGUAAUGCCCUUAUAUGUUGGUAGGUGAGAAUCAAAUUUUGUGUUGCGCUAUCACAUUUUAGAUUCGAUGACUUUUAUCUUGAAUCUGACAAGGUAAUAUAGUGAAAUGUUUGCUGGUUA